ACCCUGAUAUACGAUUGGAUCAUAGCAUUUCCGUCCUUCAACCUUUCUUUUUCGAUUGCGCGGUGAUGGAGUUUGUUUUUAGAAAGCUAGCUGAUAUUUGUUUGUGUACAUGCGUGAAUAUUUUACCAACUCCGAACAUGUAGUUAGCCAUGAUUGAUCAAGAUUGUGCCUUGAAUCGCGACGUGAGAAAAUAGUAGCUGUACGCUGUUUGUUUUUCGCCACAUUGUCUUAUGAGUACGGGAUGUUUUAUCCUCAACAUGGAGACAAAAAGAGGGGAGAUUCCCAACGGCGUAUUGGACGACCUCUGCAGUCGGUUCAUCCUCCACAUCCCGAGUGAAGAGAGGGACAACGCUAUCCGCGUGUGCUUCCAGAUCGAGCUUGCUCACUGGUUCUACCUGGACUUCUGCAUGCAGAAUGCACCAGGAUUACCACAGUGUGGGAUAAGGGACUUUGCCAAGGCAGUGUUUAAUCAUUGUCCAUUCCUGCUGCCUAACGGGGAGGAUGUACAGAAGGUAUUAGAACAAUGGAAGGAAUAUAAAAUGGGUGUUCCAACCUACGGAGCAAUUAUUCUAGAUGAAUCACUUGACAACGCUUUGCUGGUACAGGGCUAUUUGGCCAAGUCGGGCUGGGGCUUUCCAAAGGGCAAAGUCAAUGAAGAUGAGGCUCCCCACGUCUGUGCUGUGCGAGAGGUUAUGGAAGAGACUGGCUUCGAUAUCAAAGAUCGCAUAUGCAAAGACACGUACAUUGAGCAGAAAAUCACUGAUCAGUUGGCCCGAUUGUACAUAAUACCUGGGGUGCCCAAGGAGACGAAGUUCAACCCCAAGACCAGGAAGGAGAUCAGGAACAUUGAGUGGUUCCCGAUAGAGAAACUACCAUGUCACAGGAAUGACAUGACUCCUAAGUCCAAACUGGGACUCGCCCCCAAUAAGUUUUUCAUGGCAAUUCCUUUUGUAAGACCACUCAGGGAGUGGAUUGCCAAGCGCAGAGGGGAGUCUACAGACAGCGACGAGGAUUUUGCCUCCAACGGCAGCACUCCGUGCAAACCUCUGGACAAAGCCCGAGCCAGACAUAGACGGGCACAGUUAUUGACUGAGGUCUUCCCAGGAGAGGUCUGGGGAAAGCAGAAGCAGCCGAAGCCUCUGGGACAGCUGAGCCAAUAUGAGCUCUCAGAACUCCUGAAGGCCAAGAGUCCCAAUUUGAAAAGCAACGGGAAGAAGCACCAGGAUUCUCCCAACCUGAAGAAAAGAGCUAAUGGUGUCAGCAACCUGCAGAAAGAGGAGAAGAGACUCCAGCCCAGAAGACUACAGGACAACUUCGAUACAGAUGUACCACCCACAUGUGACGCGUGCAGCUCCACCAAUGGGCGCCAGACGGUCUGCAAUGGCCAAUGUGAAUACUUAUCCUCCUCCAGGUCCUUUCUCAACUUCAAGUUCGACCGGGAGGCCAUUAUGAAAUGCUUUGACUCCUGAGAUAAGCGGCUGAUUCCUGGGUUGUGUUCAUUAGAGAUCAAAAGGAAGUAAAUGAACUAAAAUGAGGAGAGCUUACCUCGGCCGGUCCAAUGAGAAACUAAUGAACAUGACCUUGUAGCGACAGAGUAUCUGACAAGUAUUCUGUUGCUAUGGAAUGGCUGGCACUCUACCUCAGGUUUGGGAUGAAGAGUACUGACCAAUUUAAAAGCCUUCUUUUGCAGAUGGGUUUCUUAUUUUUUGGACAAGCUCAGAAAGGUGAACUAGUUGCUGCUGUUUAUUCGUGAGGGGUUGAAUCCUAACUCGAGAACUUUGUACAUAAUUUUGUUUUGCAUCUAGAAAAUCAUGCAGUGAUGUCAAUUGCAGGAAUAACAUGAAAAGGUUGUGUUCUAUGCACAUGUCUCUAGUUAGGAUUGUACCCUUUUGGUCCAGAUAUAUACGAUUUCUGACCGGUGUAAAAUUUGGAACACCAUAAAGCAGGGCCAGUCAACACUUACUUUGUUUUCUGGCUCUGAAUCAGUCCCUUAUUAAAAUAAGAGGAUGGAAAAACUAAAUUGUUUUCUGGCCUCCAUGAUGAGUUGAAUAUCCCUGCAUAUAGCAUAAAUGAAGAUCAGGUUUUAGGUUUGUGGCUUAUUCAUGUAUCAAACAAAUAAUUAUAAAAGCAUCAUUCUCAGUAAAUCUGAUCCGUUAAGUUUGCGUCAGAACUUGCCCAGUUCAGGAUGUUUGUGUCCAUUUUGUGUAACUUUUAAAGGGCUACAUUGUCCCAACUCUGGUCAGUUUCACCGCUUUACAGACUGAGCUCCCAAUUUAUAUGUUUUAGGGUAUAGCUUGUGUGAACUGAUGUGAGGCUUAUCUCAGAGUAGACUGUGGUGCUACACUUUAUCAGCGUAGUCGAAGAGCUGGUGUAGAAAGUCUGGUACUCGCAGCCGUUUCGAAUGCCUCAACCAGUGUCCGCUCAACGUAGCGUCGUUCUCGUAACUGUGAUUCCAAUGGCCAUGUUCCAGGUCAGCCGUUUGCCCUGCGCGUUACAGAAUGUGAUACAGAUAGGGUUCCUAUUUUUAUGCAAUCUGGAACGUGUCCUAUUUAUGUCUCGCCUUGAGUAUGUAGCAGGGCUUGGUAAAGCUAGCCUGAUGAAGCUGUAAGACUAUGAAAGGCUUGUAAAUAGCAGCUCUCUCACAGUGGACUUCGAUAGCUAAGCAUCUGCACUUUUACACUUGGAAUAAAAUCUCGAAAACGUACUUUUUAUGUGAGCUAAAGUGAUGUUUUGUUUUUUUCAUUCCCUACUAACAAAAAAAACCUAAAAGGCAAAGUCAGUUUUCCCGUGUGUGCAGUACAAAGCUUACGGCUACCCGGCAUUCAACCAUGAAUAAAAUGAAUUUAUCGUUAAAUCCAAUAUGGUAGACUUGUUUUCAGUAUUCAAUUUUAGUUUACAAACUUGCAAUCCAAUUACCUUGCACGUUAGGCCUCUAUACUCAGUGUUCUUAAUGUAGAGGGUGGCAAGAUCGUCCUCCAAAUUGUGACUGGAAUGGAAUGUAAGACUGAACAGUAAAUGACUGUACGUGAGCUAUAUAUAUUUUUUUUAAUGGUAAAAAUCAGCUUAACCCGUAUGAAUUCCUCCUCUUUUUUUUGUACAUUUUUGGAAUGAUCCUCAGUCACUGCUACUUUCAGUCUGAAAAUGAGGCCGUAUUCAUUGAUAAUUGCUGAAUGAGUUGAUACUCUUCGAACCACGAUUGCUUGUUAAAGCGAGCUGAUUUAGUGCUUAGUUACUUGUUAUAAGCAUGCAUGAAUCCUUAGAACGUAAGAAACCAUCUUUGGUUCAGUCUCAUGCGUUAGUUUCCGUCUCUGUGUGGUCCGCACCCUGUAAUGGAGACUGGGAAAUCCUCCCGCGUGUUUUUGGUGUAUACUUUUAGGGUAACACAACAUACCAGGCUAUUGCUUAGAAGUGUCCUGUGGUCUCCCCACACAUCGUCCUUGGACUGUUUUGUGGGGCACUGCCUUUUUAACAGCAAGUCUUGCUAUUUAAAACCACUCCCCCACUCACACGGAACUCAUAGCAGGCAUCUUGUAGUCCGGUGAGUCUGUAAACACACGGCCUUCUGUCCAUCCGGUGCAGUUUUUCUUUGUUUUGCAGUAAGUCAAGGCGUUGAGUCAACACCUGAGCGUCAAGCCAAUGUGUAGUCAACCCAGUUUCCAUGCCGGGACAACACGACGGUGUCUGGCCCUUAGGUAUGUCAUCCUGAUGUUGAGUAUGAAAAGGCAGGACUUUCUGUUCUGUGUCGUAUUUGCUGCCUAUGAGGCACUUUCUUGUCUCGUAGGUCGGUUCCUGGGGACGCAGUGUGGCAGAAACGUAAUUUGUAGAUACUGGUUUCAGCUUUUUUAGUGUAGGGAACCAAGUCAUUUCUACUCUUCAGCAUACAGAACAUUGCACCUCACUGAACACUCCUCUUUUGGGGAAUCGCAUUAGUGGUGUACAUCACAGCUACAGUGAGACGAGGUGGUUGGAUGUCGCCCUCCACCUUAAUGUGUGUAGCUCAUGGUUUCAUGCCUAUCUUAUUCUAGAUUGUAAACUUUCAUUUUAAAAACUGUACUUUUAAGAAAUGUUUUUUAAAAAAGUAUAAUUAUUUUUGGUAACAGUCAAUUCCUGCUCAAGUUGUUAUUGAAUUCAAAGAUUUACAUCUUCUUUAAUUCCAUGCAUUUCUUGGUCAACAUUUUAUUUGAACGGGUACCUACAUAAGGACUUUGUAAUACAAUCAGAAUCGCCUCUUAUCAUAAAGUACAUUUACACACGACCUGAAUUUUACCUAAAAUCUAGCAGUGUUGCUUGUGUCUGGAAAUGUAUGAAUACGGAAUACAAAAGUCUACAUAAAGCCAAUGUGAUUUACAUAAAAUGGUUGGUGAGCAUAUCAGAUAAUAAGAUAUGAGAGUGCCCCAUACAUUAAUUUCCAGUUGAUGUACAGAUUUACAGGUCCAGUGCGCAUCUUUCUAGAUACUUGGUGAUAAGUAGAGAUCUAUGGGAGAGAAUAUGUGAACAACCUUAAUGUGGUAUAUUUACUGUAUCACAGUAUUUUCACUUGUUGCUGUUUUAACUUGUGGCUGUUGACGUAAGAAUGUACUGCUUAUGAAUGUGUUUUUGUUUGAGAUGUGAAAGUGUUAUGAAGUCUGUAUAGGUACCAUUCAAAUGAUGUACAACUGCCCAUGAUUUUUACUUAAAUGGCACUGAAAUUGUCAAAUGCAGUAGUUAGUUAAAAGCCAUCAGUCAUGUUUCUGGUGGUAAAAAAAUAAAUACCCCCCCCCCCCCCCCCCCCCCCCCAUUUAUUGUAAAAGUUGCAUGUUGUGCCAGGAAGUCAUUUGUUAUUGUUUGUUGUUAUUUUUCUAUAAAGACAAUUCUCUUUAGCCUGGCAU